CUGGUGGUCGCCUGCCCGCGGCAAUUAGCCGCGCUCGAGUUGUUGCUGUCUCAGAGUCGUGUGUAUUUAUACGCCCGCGAGCUCCUGUGGCUGUCAGACAUGGAGCUGCAAACCGCUGUGUUGGUCGUCGCUGCUUGCUGGGUGCUGUCUGUGAACUCACAAUACACUGCGACUAACUGCGAUGACCACAGCAAAUUCGGAGGACCGUGCCUGCACAGGGCGUGCUGCAGGAACCUGCAGAGGAUGGUGACGCGGCACUGCAGCCAGCUGCAGCAGGGCCAGGCGGGUCCCGGAGUCCAGGAGCCCAUCUCCUACAACUCCUACACCUCCUACACCCCGCAGAGCGCUCCCCAGCAGACACAGCAGCCCCAGGCCGUGCAGUCCUACAACCCCGUCAUGGCGGCCAACCAGACCGGCGCCGGCGGCCAGGCGGGACAGGAUGAGUCCAAAGAAGUACGAUGCAGGAGCGAGGAAGAAUUUAGGUCAAAGAACUUGCUGACCCCUGACGGCACCAUCGACGUGGAGAAGGUGUCUGCCUACCUGACGGUGUCCGUCAACGACCCCAGCUGGCCCAUCCCCUUCCUGAGGAACGCCACCACCUGGUGCGCCGUCAGAGCUGCCGGAAUAGUUGGCCAGGCUGGGUUCACAAUGUGUAAGUCGGGUGCCUACGAGUUCAAGCGAUGCCUGGAGCUGUACUUCUUUGAGUUCUGUCCGGAAAAUAACUGGAUGAACAGCCCGCAGUGUCUGGACGCGCGCGAGUACGUGAGGCACUGCCCCAUCAAGCCCGAGGUACAGUCGCAGUACGAGAACCGCGGGGACCAGCUGCAGGAGGGCUGGUACGUCUUCUGAGGACCGGCGCCGGAGAUGCUGAAUGCGAGGCAAGAUCGAUGAAAAUGUCAUAUAUUGGCACCUGACGUAUCGGCUAUAUUUUAGGUAUUACAAACUGUGCAACCAUGAAAUCAUUAAAUAAAGUGGAUUGUGGCAAACUAGAAACAAGAAA